AUGCCUGGCUUCAAGACAGCCUUUCAAGGCUAUGGCGUCCGGUUCUCGCCCUUUGAGGACUCCAAGAUGGCCGUGGCCACUUCCCAAAACUUUGGGAUCAUUGGGAAUGGGCGCCAGUACGUCCUGCAGAUGACGCCCCAGGGCCUGCAAGAGGUCCGGACCUUUGACACAGUGGACGGCCUGUACGAUUGCUGCUGGAGCGAGGAAAACGAGAACAUCCUGCUGUCGGCGUCUGGCGACGGCAGCAUCAAGGUCUGGGACGUGAAUGCCCCACCCCAGGCCAACCCCCUGCGCAGCUUCGAGGAGCACAAGCACGAGGCGUACUGCUUGCAUUGGAAUCAGGUGCGACGAGACUGCUUCCUCAGCGGCUCCUGGGACGACACGAUCAAGCUGUGGAACCUGGAGUCCCCCCACUCCCUACGCACCUUCGCGGAACACAGCUACUGCGUGUACGCCGCGCAAUGGAAUCCGCAGCAGGCCGACAUCUUCCUGUCCGCCUCCGGCGACUGCACGGUCAAGGUGUUCGACACGCGCCAGCCCCGGCCCACGCUCUCCCUCUCCGCGCACCAGCAUGAGGUGCUGACCGCGGACUGGUGCAAGUACAACGACUGCCUGCUGGCCACGGGGUCGGUGGACAAGAGCGUCAAGGUGUGGGACGUCCGCGCGCCCGCCCGCCCCGUGGCCGUGCUGGCGGGGCACGGCUACGCGGUGCGCCGCGUGCUCUUCUCCCCGCACGCCGAGACGCUGCUGGCCUCCUGCUCCUACGACAUGACGGUGCGGCUGUGGGACUUUGCGGCGCCGGAGGAGGCCGCGCUGCGAGUCUGGGAUCACCACACCGAGUUCGCGGUGGGGCUGGACUGGAGCCCGCUCUCCGAGGGCCUCCUCGCCUCCUGCGGCUGGGAUGGCAUGACCUGGGUCUGGCACAGCUCCGCAGACCCGCGCCAGGCCUAG